AGACGUUUCAACAUAUUCUCGUCUCGCUGUUUUAUGUGAUGAUUAAUGAUGUGACAACGCUGAGGUUGCGGUCUGGUUAAGUUAAGGCACAAAAACCACUUGGUUAAAUUUAGGGAAAGAUCAUGGUUCGCGUUACUGGAAACGUAGUGGUUAAAGUUAUUACUUCCUUACAAAUCUCGCGAGAGUUUCGUAAAGCUAGGGUUACCGUGUAGACACGACCGUUGAGAACCAAACAGCUAACGUUAGUUAAUGCAGAGAUAAGUUGCAUUUUAAUGCUUUAAGUAAAUGUUUUUAUCUGUAUAAAUGCGUCAGUAUCGACCAGUGUAUCAUGACAUACUGUCGUGUGAAUGAUUAGAGGCUUAAAGAUGCUAAAAUAACCAGUUAUUUACGGUCGGUAAGCCAGUUUAAGCUAGUAAAAUAGCUUUUAGUAUCAUCCAAGGUUUAGUAACUUAUAGUUAUUAUUAAAACUAAAUACUUAUUAUAGUUAAAAUAGCGUUAAAUUAAGAUUUUGACUCCUCUACCUCUGUUUCACUGCGAGUCUCCUGCAGCAGGAUGAUCUCUCAGAUCUUCAUCUUGUCCUCAAAGGGCGACCACCUCAUCUAUAAAGACUUCCGCGGAGAAGCAGGGAGCGACGUUGUCAGCAUCUUUUAUGAGAAAGUCACAGCGCUGACUGGAGACCAGCCUCCAGUUGUCAUGACUCACAAAGAUCUUCACUUCGUCCACAUCAGACAGGAAGGACUCUACUGGGUCGCCACGACGACAGCUGACUCCUCCCCCUUCACCCUCAUUGAGUUCCUCAACAGGUUAACGGCUCUGGUUAAAGAUUACUGCGGCAGCCUGUCGGAGAAGUCGGUGCAGAUGAACUUUGCCCUCAUCUACGAGCUGCUGGACGAGGUGGUGGACUACGGUUACAUCCAGACCACGUCCUCUGACGUCCUGAAGAACUUCAUCCAGACCGAAGCCGUCUCCUCCAGACCGUUCAGCCUCUUUGACCUCAGCAACGUCGGCUUGUUCGGCGCGGAGACGCAGCAGAGUAAAGUGGCUCCGAGCUCCGCGGCCACCAGACCCAUCCAGUCCAGCAGAGAGCAGGGAGGGAAGAGCGAGAUAUUUGUGGACGUGAUCGAGAGGAUGUCGGUCGUCAUCGGCUCCAACGGAGUUUUAAUGAAGGCCGACGUGGAGGGAGAGAUCAGAGUCAAGUGCUACAUGCCGAGCUGCUCAGAGAUGAGAAUCGGUCUGAACGAGGAGUUCAGCAUCGGCAAGUCACAGCUCAGAGGUUACGGAGCCGCCGUCCGUGUGGACGAGUGCAGCUUUCAUCAGGCGGUGAAACUGGAGGAGUUCGACAGUCACCGGAUCCUCCGACUCUGUCCGAGCCAGGGAGAGCAAACGGUGAUGCAGUACCAGCUGGCUGAUGAUCUGCCCUCAGCUCUUCCUUUCCGUCUCUUCCCGACCGUCGAGAGAGACAGCGGAGGACGGCUGCUGAUGUACCUGAAGCUGCGCUGCGAUCUGCCACCGAAGAGCGCUGCCAUCAACGUCUCUGCCACCGUCCCUGUUCCUAAAGGCUCUGUGAGUUUGUCGCAGGAGCUCAGCAGCCCAGAUCAGAGCGCCGAGCUGAGGCCGCAGAGCAGAGCCGUCGUCUGGCAGAUCCCUCGAUUCCCCGGAGGAACACAACUGUCUGCUCUGUUCAAGCUGGAGGUCUCCGGUCUCAGCUCGGCCUCCAUGUUGGAAGUCGGUCCGGUCGGUCUGAGCUUCGAGCUGCCCAAGUUCACCGCCACGGGGCUGCAGAUCCGCUUCCUGCGCCUGUCGCCCGUCCAGCCCGGCCCGUCGCAGCGCUGGGUCCGAUACGUCACCCACUCCGACUCCUACACCGUCCGGAUUUAACCCCCGACCGACGUCGGUUCUGUCCUUUCAAAAUAAGACACUUGUGGACAUUUUGUGGACUUUAUUUAUUUGUUAUUAAAGCUGGACUCUAACAUACAUGACAUCACAAAGAUGGUUUAACAUUAUUAUCAAAUGAUAAAACAACAAGUGUAAAAUAUGUUUCUAUCAUGUGACCACAGGAUGAGUUCAAAUGUCUGUAAAUAAAUGUUGCUUCAUA